CCUUUAUCGAUCGGACUCGAGGGAGGGAGGGCUGGAGGGCGAUUCGGGUACGGGAGCAGAUUGAGCGAGGAAUUGGAAUUCGACAGAGAUGGCGGCGAGGUCGAGAUGGGUCGAGGCAGUGGGGAAGGCGUCGGUGCUGCUGCUGCUGGGAUUAGCUCUGUCGCUUGCGGUCGUGGAGGCUUACAAGCAGCACGAGGGCAUUGCGAGGUCGACGUAUAUCUAUGGGGACAGGGCCAAGCGGGGCGACGGGGAUGGUGGAAUUAAGCUGAAGUCCGAGACCUUGCAGGAAGGGAUGUUUGUGGAGAUGAAGCAUCUGGAUCAUCACGCGGAUUCCCCUCUGCACCAGCCGGAGUCCACAUUUGCCGAAAGGAUUCAGAACGCCGUGAAGAGGAGUAAUAAGCGAGUUGCAGGGUUCAAGGCGACAGUGGCCAGUGGGGUAACUCCCCGCGGAGUGGACUUCGAUCCGAAGCUCGACGUUUCGGUUCGGGCUGCUAGUUUUGAGUCUCCUGUCACUUCGUCUCCAGGAAGCUAUGUCAUGACCAUAUCUCUCGGAAGUCCGCCGCAAACCAAAACUGCUAUCGUCGAUACCGGUAGUGACCUUGUCUGGUUGCAAUGCAGCCCCUGUUCAGUUUGCUAUCAUCAAAACGACCCCUUUCUUGACCCCAGCAAGUCGACGACUUACAAGAAAGUAAACUACUCCAGUGAGACUUGUGCUGAGCUUCCCCAGAGAUCUGACAGCGGUGGCUUCUGCACUUAUCGUUACGGGUACGGAGAUCAAUCAACCACACAAGGAGAACUGGCUACCGAUACCCUGACGCUGACAACCACCACUGGUGAUACUCAGGAGUUCCCAAGCUUCGUCUUCGGAUGUGGACACAAAAAUCGGGGAACGUUUUCAGGCACGGAUGGACUCGUGGGUUUGGGUCGUGGUGACCUCUCGUUUCCUGAACAGAUUGGAUCUUUGAUCGGUUCGAAGUUUUCUUACUGUUUGGUUGAGAUCACCAGCUCGGCAGCCGAGUCGAGUCCUCUGAUCUUUGGAGACGCAGCGGUAUCCGUUGGAAACUCAUUGAACUUGCAGUACACACCUCUCAUUCGCAACCCUGCUGCAGACUCUUUCUACUACGUGAAGCUCAAAAGCAUCAAGGUGAACAAGCAAAAUGUGGUCGGUAUCCCUUCAGGUGCUUUUGAUUUGAAGCGAAAUGGUCAGGGUGGAGUAAUCGUGGAUUCGGGCACCACACUCACGUAUCUCAUCCAGUCUGCUUAUAGUCCAUUCCUGAUCAAGCUGCGCUCGUUCAUCAAAUACCCCCUAGUUGACAGCUCGCAGUACGGCUUAGACCUUUGCUAUGAUUUGUCUGGCGUGAGCGAUCCUCAACUACCCUCGGUAACGCUCCAGUUCCAAGGGGUGGAUGUGGAUCUUCCCUCAAACAAUGUUUUCCUACAAAUUGACCAGCACGGCACCACUUGCCUGGCGUUCGCUGGUACCUCGGGUCUGUCAAUCAUAGGAAACAUCCAGCAACAAAACUUCUACUACUUGUAUGAUGUUGAGAACGAGCGCGUAGGCAUUGCCCCGGUCGAUUCUUGCGGAAAGCUUUCCAUGUCACGAUCUCCAUCCGAGGCACAGAGAGAUGAGCUUUGAAUGUCGAGACAUUUGAAGUAUGUACAUAGACUCAGAAUCUAGAGCUGAAUCGGAUCACUCAUUAAACUGUAUGGCUCUCGAGUAUCUAUACGUGUAGCCGUACAUAAAAACCUGUUAUUACAGUGAUCCGUACCAGCAACCGGUACACAUCACACUUCAGAUGUUGUCCGUGUACUUAGUUUGUGGUGGAUCUACUGCGAUGGCAGAAAAAUAUCGUAAAUACUUUCCCUUGUCCAGGUAAACAAUGAACAUUCUCCAUUGUGCAGACUCUCGGAGCCCCAUCGCGGCGAGCUUUUCCUUUCCGGGUCAUAACUUUUGUUGUGGCAUUAAAAAGUUCUAAUAUCUUCACAUGCCUUGACAAGUUUCUGGCAAUUCUUACACUGUCUAAUGCGUACUGCAUCACGAGGCGACCAGAUAACUUGUGAUUGUGAUGAUGGACUACGCUGCGUAAAGAGGAUAAAGCUGAUUUUAGAGAAUUGGCAUCGACAACCUGCAUCUGUCCAAGCAAGAGUCGAAUAUUUUCUUUCCCCUCCAAAGCAGCGAAGGUUGUCACAAGACUAAACGUUCAGCGGCAAUUAGUCACCAACUCAUUCGGUCAUAAAGAGGUUGACGCUC